AGCAGCCACAAGUGACGUGCUUUGCAACAAUUAUCGUAUGGAAGAUACUUAGAAACAUGAGUUAAGUGCCAGUUAAUUCCACCGGCCGCUGUAAUUGAUUCCGUAAGUCACGCUCGCUAGCACGUUAUACGGGUAGCACGGCUUGUUGCCUAGCGACGCUAAUGUCGCCGCAGCGGUUGGCAUUUAGCAACGUGGGAGCUAAUUUAUAGCAAACUUUAGACAGAGUGAAGCCUGUCGUGUUUUGUUCGCUACAGUGGGACGUUCGACGUCCACGCGGUGUAAGUGUACAUGUUAGCUGAUAAAGCGGGUCGUUUAAAUGACGUUCUAUGUCGUGCACCAUGAAAGUGUUGAACGAACUCAGCUAAAGUUGGACGGGCAAGCAUUGCCGUAAAACACCUGAAAGACGACUCGACGGAAACAUCCUGGACUAUGAUUUUACUGUUGUUGUCGUCAGCCAAAGCCUAAGUGUUGCUGCAAUCCUUGUUUAAGCUAAGACCUGCCAGAGCGCAGUGGGGCUACGCCGACCCGUCAGAUGGCGUUCUGCCUGGCUGAGCUGCACUUGUGGUCCACCAAGAGCUCCCUCCAAGUCCGAGACACAGAUAUUGGCACGUAUCAGUACCACGAUAAAGCAGAGCCAGCCAAUCACCAGGAGCAUCACUAUUUCAAUGAGAAAGCCCACUUUACUGAAGCUCGAGGCUACUCAUGGACUCCCGCCAAUCAGCGUCCGGAGAGGCUCCGCGAUUCCCUGAAGGAGCUGGAGGAACUGUUGCAGACCAACACCUGCGUUCACACCAGAUGGAGGAACACACAUUGUUGCCAGCUUCUCCUUAGCAGCGGCAUACUGGUAACCUUGACCCUGAGCGGACCCCAACUCGAGCAAGUGUGCAUCGACCGAGCAUUAGUGGGACGACUGCCAGGUGACACCGUAACUGAUGCGGUGUUGGGCGACAAGCUGUUUGUGCUGUCCUUCCCGAAGCAGAGCGAAGUCUCCGCCAUCUACCACAAGAAGAUCCAGGACUCCUCACCGAAGACUGGCAGGGACACGGACAAGCUCUCACCCUCCACAAUCAAGGUGACGAGCGUGGAGGUGGCAGGGUGGGCGCAUCGUCUCCACCAAGGUGUGGCUCUCAACCAGCUGGAGGAUGUGGCGCUCUUGUGGUGGAGGUCCAGUAAUCACGACCAGGAGCUGUGGCCCUGGACCCACAAAAACACAGAUGCUAACAACUUGGUCCUGCUCAGCUGCUUGCCCUGGGAAGGUCUCAAGGUCCUAAGCUCAACGCAAACAGAAGGUGAUUUUCUGCUUUGCGCCUUCAGCCAUUUUCAGCCCUACCAGCUGCUGACCGUGGAAGCGCCCGCAGGACCCCAAGCGUCCAGAGAGUCGUCCUGGGCUAAAGCCUGCAUGUACGAGUCCACCAAAGGACGCCUGCACCGCCUCUCCGCCACCCGCAUCCCGCUGCCCUCCCCCCCUGUCUCCUGCUCACAACACCCCAGCGAAAGCGCGCUCCUCCUGGGCCUCAGCGACUUGUCCCUGGUGCUUUACGACCAGCGUCGGGGGAUCUCCCUGCGGACCUCCUGCCCUGCGCCCCCUACCCUCCUGGCCUGGCAUCCGGCUGGAGCCUUGGCGGUGGCGGCGGGAGCGGCCGAAGAGGGCGAAUUGAUGUUCUUGGAUCUGGGCCUGGCACCCGUCAAGGUGGCGUUGGUGGCCGAGGAGGUGACCCCCGCCGCCACGCUCAGACUGGCCAGGCACCUGCGCUGCCCGGGAGCCCUACGGGGACUACAGUGGGCUGCGGGUCCAGAAGAAGGCGCCGAAGAGGCGGAUACGAUGAUGCUGGUCUUCCACGGGGGACUACUCGCAGCUUUGAGAUUACAACUGGGGGGCCUCAUGAGCGGGUUCCGACUGGGCCCGGUGCAGCUCCUCCAGCAGCGUCUGCACGCCGGUCAGGUGCAGGAGGCUGUGAGCGUGUUGGAAGCCAUGGACUGGGGCGGCGCGGCCGACGAGUGCUGGCAAGGCCUGAGCGCCAUCGCAAACCACCUGCUGAGACUGCCUUUGGACGCCCGCACCGAAGAGCAACUAGAAGCCACGUUGGCAACAUUUUACAGCCCGCCCGCUCCUCUUCCCGAAAACGUCACUGCAGACUACAAGGAGUCAGUGCACAAAUAUGCCAGGCGCUUCUUCCACCACCUUCUCAGAUAUGAGCGCUUUGAGAAAGCCUUCCUGCUUGCCGUUGAUUUGCAAGCUAAAGAUCUUUUCAUGGACCUCCAUUACGUGGCGGGCGAUAAGGACGAGCUGGUGCUGGCGGAGGUGGCCAAGAGGAAGGCCCACCAAGUGGCGGAAGCGUGCGACGGACGGGAAAAAAUCACUGUGAUUAACCGGAAAGACACUGAAGAUGCCGUGAGAGAGAGGAACCGUGUGAGUGCCUACAGCCUAGGCAUCAAAAGCCAAAGUCCAACCGGACCAUCGCACUCAAGCCCUCGCAAAACAACCCUGAAGCAAGGAAGAUGAACGAGGCCGCCUCACUGAAGACGACGCCCCCGGCGUGCUCCUCCUGGUUUAUCUCAGAACUGUUCCACCGCAGCGAUACUCCCACGUCGUCAUCAAUCGCCAAUCAUUGCUAUUGAUAAAAGUGAACUUCAAAGUACUUGUUGAAAGCAACACUGAUGGUGCAGCAUCAGGACCAGCUGAGGUUUCGGUGUCUCGUUGAGGAAGCCUCCAAUAGUUCAUCCUGAUGGUGUUCUUCGCCAUUUUU